AUGGCGUUACGCACGACCAAAGUCCUUUACAACAACAGCCUGAGGAAGUGGUGUUACAACCUUGCUGGAUUUAAUAAAUACGGGUUACUUCGUGAUGAUUGUCUUCAUGAAACCGAGGACGUCAAAGAAGCGCUACGCCGCCUUCCAGAGCAUGUAGUGGACGAGCGCAAUUACCGCAUGGUAAGAGCUAUUCAGUUGUCCAUGACAAAAACAAUUUUACCAAAAGAAGAGUGGACAAAAUUUGAAGAAGACAAACUUUACUUGACCCCUAUCGUAGAUCAAGUGAAGAAGGAGAGGCUUGAACGAGAGAAAUGGGAAAAGGAUUACUAA